UCUAAAACCGUUCCCUCCACACUCUUUCCCCAAAAUCUCUUCCUCUUUCUGCUUCCGCCAUUUCCAAUCCUUCAAACCCACAAGAGAUUCACCGCCUAAUCCCUUCACAAUGUCUCUCACAAUCCCCACAAACCUCUCUAAACCCCUUUUGAAGCCCAAAUUCAGCUCCUCAUUGGCCUCAAAAUCAAGACCCUCUUCCUCAAUCCUCUGCUCCGCCACCCAAAAUCAAAAUGAAACCGCUUCCUCCUCCCUGCAGGCUUUCUCCGCCGCCUUAGCCCUCUCCUCCAUCCUCCUCUCCGCUCCUCUCCCUGCUGUCGCAGACAUCGCCGGUCUCACCCCCUGCAAGGAUUCCAAGCAAUUUGCCAAGCGAGAGAAGCAGCAAAUCAAGAAAUUGGAAUCCUCUUUGAAGAAUUACGCUCCCGACAGUGCCCCGGCGCUGGCGAUCCAAGCUUCGGUCGAGAAGACGAAGAGACGGUUCGCUUUCUAUGGAAAGCAGGGGCUUCUUUGUGGGGCUGAUGGGUUGCCUCAUUUGAUUGUGAGUGGCGACCAGAGGCAUUGGGGUGAGUUUAUAACUCCUGGGUUCUUGUUCCUUUACAUUGCUGGGUGGAUUGGAUGGGUUGGAAGAAGCUAUUUGAUUGCUAUUAGAGAUGAUAAGAAGCCUACCCAGAAGGAGAUUAUCAUUGAUGUUCCUUUGGCUACUAGCUUGGUGUUCAGAGGCUUUAGCUGGCCUAUUGCUGCUUACAGAGAGCUUGUCAAUGGCGAACUCAUUGCCAAGGAUGUCUAAUUCUCAUCCGACAGAGACAGGGAAAGUGGAAGAUAGAUUGACUUUUGGGAUUGGGGUUGGUGAAAUAUGUGUAUUUCAUUUGGGAACUUGAGAUGAGUUUAUGCAAUGGUUGGUUGUAUUUUGUUCACUACUUCCCCAUUCUUUGCAUUGGUUCUUUUCAUUUGGGAACAUUAUGUGUUUAUAGUUGCAAUGUUUCUCUUA